AUGGACUGCAUAAACACCUCCAACUAUCACAACUCACCAUGUUUGGCCGAUGACGAACUUUUCGGCCAAUUUGUGAAUCUACCUGUCGCAGUCGACGACACUGAUCCACAUUCCUUCUUGACUCAAACUCUCGAACCUCUUCAAGACGAUGUCGCCCUUCCAGACGAUCUCGUACACACAUCUUUUGACCUCAAUUUGAAUGGGGACUUGAACCUCGAUCGCAGUGCCAAUGAACUGGUGCACAACUCAAUGACACCUGACGAGUUCACGUCUCAACCACAAUACCAACCCAUGGACCAUGCCACAGGUUCCAAGGAAAGACAUUCUUAUAUUGAAGGAUGUGGGAUAUUGAGAAUCGGAAAAAGUGACUUUGUUACGCAGAGUCGAAAGAGGCGAAGAAGUGUCGAGGAAAAGGUCGCCUCUGGCCGUGCAUGUCUUCUUUGUAAGUGGAAAAAGUCAAAGUGCUCUGAUGGCUGCUCUAACGGGCUAAUCUGCCACGAAUGUGCGAAAGCGAUCAAGAGGUCACAGCAACGUAGCGCACUAUUCUGGAAUCAGUGCACUCGUGCUGAUGUAUCCAGCUUCAAUGUCUUCGUUCCGGAUGGCCUGGAUUAUGCUACACUCGCUUCUGAUGGCGGGACUUACAAGUUAAAAAGGGGUUCAUUUAGCGCAAGAUUUGAUCGCUUCCUCGGGUACAAUUUUACCCCACAAUCUCCAGGAUAUUGUCAGUUACGAUUGUUACAACUCAAUGUCAUCGCCGAUAUCUCGUCAUUCGAUGAGACAUGGGUGGAGACUUCUCUCUCUCGUUUCCGACCCAUCGCCAUUUUCAAACGCGCGAGCCACCUGUUGUCGAAACUCAAAGUGGGAGACCGACUUAGUCACGCUGCUCCUGACCACUUAACAUACCUCUCACCAAGAGACUAUCUGGAGGCAUUAGCCCCUGACGCUAGAUCCACCAUUGAAGGGUAUAGAGCCCACGCAAGCGUCCAGAUGGUCGAAUUACUGGAGGACUUUGUACGUGCCCAUGCAACCGUAUCUCAGGAGCAGAGAAUGCCGUGCACGGGGUUUAUGAUCGUGGUUGCCUCUGUAUUGUAUUGUGGGCUUAUUGAGUCCAUCUUACCACGUCACUGUGACCAACAAACGGAAUCCCAACAAUUCCUCGGCGACUAUCUACUCCACAGUCUCAAGAUAUUUUGUCGCUAUGCAUUUCCAUCGGCUGAGUGCCUGCUAAGAGAGCUUCGUAAUGUCAGGACAGGGGAUCAACUCCCUGUGACAUUCGGUGACGCACUCGCAAUUCAAUUGGACUCUGUCUCCGAUCAAUCUGCUGGCAGUGUCCACGCAUUCUUGAUAAACGAAUAUUUGACCGACCGAAGAAGCUGUGCCACAGACCACACAAACCACACCCACCUCGAUCAUUCACACAGGGACCCGCCACCAGCAGCAGCAACUAAUCCUGUAGAAUUAGUCUACUCAAUGAUUCCGAGUUACUACACGCAAGCGUUCAACAUUUCCUCUGCUGAGCUCUCUGCCCUCGCUGAAGCUUUGAAUAUGGAGGUACAUACUUUGAGUGAACAGCCAUCGGGGUCUGGGAGGAGUAGUGGAGCCCACCGGGUAUUUAUGCGGUGUAUCGUUGACGCAGGGGUGGAGAUAAUUGCGCACGAGAGACAAUUACACCGUCUACAAAGAGAUUCCACAGGACAGGGCAAUAAUCGACAGAGACUGCCGGUCAUGCGCUUUGGGGAAACUACCGAGAGCGACUGGGCUUGCAGCAUGCUCACUCUAGGUUUGAUAUUCAGGAUCUUCCUACUACACUGCCUUGUCGAGGGUGGAUUUAUACCAUGCGCCAGGUUUCAAGAUGUGUGGCUGAACCCUACAACAAAUGUACCAGAAUGGCUGGAAAUCCAAAUCCGCGUGGGGCUCCCCUUACUCUAUGCAAACCGGCAGAUCUGGGCGAAGUGGAGCAGACACGCUUCUGAGGUUAUCAAAGAAAUGGAGCGUUCAGGGUAG